AUGUCUUCAAGGUGUAAAGAGCGUUACAAGUGUUUUAGUGAAGAAAGAAACCUAAGGAGACAUGAAAGAGUUCACACCGGGAAAAAGCCUUAUGAAUGUAAACAGUGUGGCAAGUGUUUUAGGCAAUCAGGGAAACUAAGGAGUCAUGGAAGAGUUCACAUUGGGGCAAAGCGUUUUGAAUGUAAUCAGUGUGGCAAGUGUUUUAGCAAAUCAGGAAACCUAAGGAAACAUGAAAGAGUUCACACUGGGGAAAAGCCUUAUGAAUGUAAACAGUGUGACAAGUGUUUUAGCCAGUUAGGAAACCUAAGGAUUCAUGAAAGAGUUCACACUGGGGAAAAGCAUUAUGAAUGUAAGCAGUGUGGCAAGCGUUUUAGCCAGGCAGGAACCCUAAGGAUUCAUGAAAGAGUUCACACUGGGGAAAAGCCUUAUGAAUGUAAACAGUGUGGCAAGUGUUUUAGCAAAUCAGGAGACCUAAGGAGCCAUGAAAGAGUUCACACUGGGGAAAAGCCUUAUGAAUGUAAACAGUGUGGCAAGUGUUUUAGCCAGUUAGGACACCUAAGGAUUCAUGAAAGAGUUCACACUGGGGAAAAGCAUUAUGAAUGUAAGCAGUGUGGCAAGUGUUUUAGCCGGGCAGAAACCCUAAGGAUUCAUGAAAGAGUUCACACUGGGGAAAAGCCUUAUGAAUGUAAACAGUGUGGCAAGUGUUUUAGCAAAUCAGGAGGCCUAAGGAGGCAUGAAAGAGUUCACACUGGGGAAAAGCCUUAUGAAUGUAAACAGUGUGGCAAGUGUUUUAGUCAUGCAGGAAGCCUAAGGAGUCACGAAAGAGUUCACACUGGGGAAAAGCCUUUUGAAUGUAAACAGUGUGGCAAGUGUUUUAGGCAAGCAGCACACCUAAGGAUUCAUGAAAGAGUUCACACUGGGGAAAAGCCUUAUGAAUGUAAACAGUGUGGCAAGUGUUUUAGUCAAGCAGCAAACCUAAGGAUUCAUGAAAGAGUUCACACUGGGGAAAAGCCUUAUGAAGUGUGGCAAGUGUUUUAGGCAGUUAGGACACCUAAGGAUUCAUGAAAGAGUUCACACUGGGGAAAAGCGUUACGAAUGUAAACAGUGUGGCAAGUAAUUUAGCCAGUCAGGACACCUAAGGAUUCAUGAAAGAGUUCACACUGGGGAAAAGCGUUAUGAAUGUAAACAGUGUGGCAAGUCUUUUAGCAAGUCAGGACACCUAAGGAGACAUGAAAGAGUUCACAAGGAAGAAAAACGUUUUCGUCAUGAUGUAGGCUUGCAGACGCAUAAAAGUGUUCACACUGGGAAAAAGCCAGUUAAAUGUAAACAAUGUGGCAGGUGUUUCAGUGCAGUAGGAAUUCUGAAGAGACAUGAAAGGUUUCACACCAGAGAAAAGCCUUAUGAAUGUAAGCAGUGUGGCGAGUAUUUUCAUCAUUCAAGUGCUCUUAGGAGGCACAAUGAAGUCCACAGUGUCAGAAGUCUUUUUAAUCGUUUGCAUUGU